AUGAAAGAGCUUGCAACAUUUGUGAAUUCGAAUGUUCCACACACGAAUUGGAAUACUAAAGAUGCUCGAAAGAUGCUGAAUGAUUACCUGAUGGAGUUUGAAGCUCUAGUUACUGAGACACCUGGUAGCCCACCGAUCUUAUUGGACAAGGAGGAUGUGCUGAGUGAGUUUCAGACAGUGCAGAACAACUUAAACGCCAGGUGUCUUCAUUUCCAACGAUUUCAGCAGCUCCAUAAAAGAUUUGCAAUGGAAGAGGCACAGGAUGAAAUACAUACGCAACGAAAUGAACAAAACAAAGAGGAAAAGCAAAAGAAGACAACGUACGGGAAAGUACAAUUAAAUAUGACGGAUACGCAAAGCAGUAGAAAAGACAAGGAAGUAGUGCCUAAGAAGAUUGGGACUGUGACGAAGAAGAAGGUAAAGGCAAAUGGUGCAUUGAUUGGAAAAGAAAUGGAGAAAGUAAGUGAAAAGGAGAUUGUAACUGGAGCAAUCGUAGCCGCAAAAAGUGUGAUAAACAAGAAGAAUGAAAAUGAAGAGAAGAAAAGUCAAAGCAAGACAAAACAAAGGCCAAAGUCAAAGAAACAACCAUCUAAGGAAAAAAACGUCGUCCCAUCAUCUCUCUUUAUUGUCCUAACUUCAGAUGAAGAAGAAAAUGAAACCCCAACUAUUUUACAAAGACUCACUCGAUCGAAGAGGCAAGCUUCAAUGUCUCCUGAGCAGUCAAAUGAUCGUGGUUAUGACUUUUCUUCGUGGAAUGAAAAGAAAAAGUUACGACGUGUUGAGUCUGCUAUAGACGCAACUGGUAAAGCAAAUGUGAUGACUGGGACUCUUACGCAAGCAACGCAAACAACCAGCCUUCAUUCUGAUGGUUUACCAGAUUCUUUAGUGAACGAUAAGAAUAUGCCAAGAGAGCACACUUCCAGCCAAAUAUCAGGAAACGAGCACACGUCUUUGAUGGCAAAAGCUGCUCGACCUGCGAGGCGUUUACCGGCAAUAUCCCAAUACAAACUACCAGUGGACGAUGCCGGUCCGCACCCUUCCGUAGAAGGGUGGAAUCCAGUUUCUUCUAGUCAAAACUUGACACAUACCAAUGCUGCGCCGAAUGCUCUGCGCUCGGCUAUUGCUCAAGCUGUCUCGCAGCGUCAGCAGUUAUUAUUUCGUAGUCAAGCCGAGCGAUGUCAGCGCACAAGCACGAGUGAGAGCGAUGAUGGUCUCUGCGAUAUUGAUUUUCUUAAAGAAAGAGUGUCUUGCUCUGGCCCGCGUAGCUCGGACGAUGACCGAUACGAGGCAAGACCUUCCAUUGGUCUCCUGCCACCUUUUAUUGAUCGAUCACUUACAACCGAUGUCACAGCAAAUCUAGAGCGGAAACGUGUGUUCUUGCGCGCUAAGGAGCUGGCAUUUGACCAGUUGAAAUGGCAACGUGAGAACGAGUUUCAGCAGCAAGAGCUGGAAUUACUACGCUAUGAGAUGGAAGCCCGCGAAGCUCUUGCUCGGCAGGAGUUAAAGAUCAAACGGAUGCGCAUUCGAGCUGCCGUCAUUCAGCCUAUGAUUUCUGCUGGUGCAAGUUUUGCUGACAUAGUAGAGCGCUUAAAAUUACUCUGA